AUGCCCUCAUUACAUCAACAAUCACAUGUCAUUGAACUAGAAACAGCAAAGAUGACUGUAUCACCAGAAAUAGAUUGGAGAAAACGCUAUGAGCAAUUGCAAUUUGAACAUCAACUUGAAAUCGAACGUAUUCGUCUUCAUUAUGAUCAUGAACUUAAAGAAAAACUAACCGAAAUUCGCAUGCGUUUAAAACAUGAAUAUGAUCGUCAUUUUGCUGAAUUUCGAGCUCGACUAUUAGAGCAACAGCAAGUACAUAAUGUUAGUUCACAUAGUUUAAAUCUUGAUCAAAGUCUUGGUGAAAAAAUUCUUGAACAAGUUCGUAUUGCUGAAGAAUAUGAUCGUUUGGAAGAUGAGAAAUGUCGACAGUUGCUAUCACAACAGCCAACUGAUAGCGAUGAACUAAAACCAUUGGUCAAUAAAUUACAUACCGAAGGUAUACAUGUUUUAACAUUAAGUGAACUUUUAUCAUUAAAAAUAAAUGGUAUUAAUAUUGGUACGACAGAUGCGUCGAUAGGUUCGAUACAAAAAUUAAAUGAAGAAAAUUCUUAUCUUCGUUCAUUAAUUGCAAAUAUGAACGCUAAUGAUAGUGGAGAUGCAUUAAUAAAAUGUCUUGCAGAAAUAUUUCGAUGUGAACAAGAACGCCGUUCAAUUGAAAUACGUAAUCAUAAAAAAUAUGACCAAUUAGAACAAGAUAUUCAGAAUAUGUGCGAAUAUCAACGUGAUGCAUUAGGAAAAUUAUUAUCACAAGAUCGUGUUCUAUUGAUCAAAGAACUUGAAGAAACAAAAGAACAAGUACAUUAUUUAAAAGAUAAAUUUGAUCAAAUCAAAAAAACUCAAAAUCAAUCAACUAUCCUUAAUUCUCAUAAUUUAAAUAAGUUUUAUUUUAAAUAUUUACGUUGUGAAGCUUAUCGUAAAGCAUUAAUUUAUCAAAAACGCUAUUUACUUAUUUUACUAACUGGUUAUGAAGAUACUGAAACAUAUGCCUUAAGAGAAAUCAAACGUUUAACAGGAAAUAUGAAAUCAAGUGUUUAUGAUUACCAUCAGAUAAAAUCAAUAUCUAAACAAAAAUAUCAUCGACGUGCAUUCAACUAUCGGUUUCGUUUUCGAUGCUAUGUUACAGUUGUUAUUGGAAUGAUUCGAAUGCGUUGGCUUGUGAAAAAAUGGGCACGAAAAUUAACAUCUAUUCAAUGA